AUGGCACCGCAUAAUUUUGAAAAUGAAGCUAGCACAACACGCUUUUGGAUCGAUAUAGAAAGAAAUCUUCAAAUAUUUAAUGUUUCUUUAUUUAAGCGUCUAGCUUUGAUGUUUGGAAGCAAGACUACGAAUACUUUGGAUUUGAAAGCACUGAGGAAUUUGCUAAUAGUGCUUAAGAAUUGUUUUAACAGCGAACAUGACAAAAAAUUCAAUAAAUUGUUACGUGUUAUCGGCUUAUAUACAAUUUUGUGUCUCGUUAUAAUAUCACCAGAGGUCAAUGAUGAUUCUUGUGGUGAAAAUGCAAUUAACAAGAAACAUUCAAAGAAACAUUCAAAGAACCACGAAUACGCAUAA